GCAUUAUCUACCUAACUGAUAAAAAAAGGAAUCAUUUUAGUUUUCUUCCUUUGAAGACUCGGAGUUGAGAAAUGUCAACAGCAGUAGCAGCAUCAGCUUCAUUGUGUUCAUCAACGCAAAUCAAUGGCUUCGGAGAAGCGCUUAGGCCUCAGAAAAACCGUCUCUCUCAACCCAAUUCAAUCGCUACUUUUACCAGGAGAAAGGUUCAUACUGUAGUGAAGGCCACAUCUCGGGUUGAUAAGUUCUCCAAAAGUGAUAUCAUUGUUUCCCCAUCUAUUCUCUCUGCUAAUUUCUCAAAGUUAGGAGAGCAGGUAAAAGCCGUGGAGUUGGCAGGUUGUGAUUGGAUUCAUGUUGAUGUAAUGGAUGGUCGUUUUGUUCCAAACAUUACAAUCGGACCUCUUGUGGUUGAUGCUUUGCGCCCCGUGACAGAUCUUCCUCUGGAUGUGCAUUUGAUGAUUGUGGAACCUGAACAACGAGUGCCAGAUUUUAUCAAGGCUGGAGCUGAUAUAGUCAGUGUUCACUGUGAACAAUCUGCCACCAUCCAUUUGCAUAGAACGCUAAAUAUGAUAAAAAGUCUUGGAGCUAAAGCUGGCGUUGUAUUAAACCCUGCUACACCACUGAGUACUAUAGAAUAUGUCCUUGAUGUGGUUGAUCUGGUGUUGAUUAUGUCAGUCAACCCUGGUUUUGGUGGGCAGAGCUUCAUUGAGAGCCAAGUAAAGAAAAUCUCGGAGUUGAGAAGAAUGUGUGUAGAAAAGGGAGUAAACCCAUGGAUUGAAGUGGAUGGUGGAGUUGGUCCAAAAAAUGCAUACAAGGUUAUCGAGGCUGGAGCUAAUGCUUUAGUUGCUGGUUCAGCUGUAUUUGGAGCUCCAGAUUAUGCUGAAGCUAUAAGAGGAAUCAAAAGCAGCAAAAGGCCAGAGGCAGUGGCAGUUUGAUUCAUGAUUUCCAGAAGAUUUGAUUUUUCCAAUGUGCAAAUAUCCAUACUCUCCAUUCCCAUGUAUGUUCUUUACCCAGCUUUCUUGUGGGUUCUGAAGUUACAACAAGAUCAGGCAUGGGUGAAAAUCAUCAUAAUAUGUACAUGCAUUCUUAUUAUUACAUAGGCUCAUUCGCUCUGGUGCCAUCAUCCUGCAAUGAGCUCUUAAAACAGUUCUGGUUCUUACAUUAAUUUGCGCUCGCGGUCUUUGUAUUUGCAAAUAAUAAAAAAUUAAAAUUUUUAUUUUUAAAAA